AGAAAACCACGAAAUUUCACGAAAAGAGACGAAGGAAAAAUGGAUUGUGGCUCUGUCAAAUAAAUUAGUUUGUAUUGAAGAUAUUGAUAAAUAUUAUACGUUAAAGACUGCAGUAAUUAAAUUAUUAUAAUUAUAAUGGACUACCUAGUGAAUAUCAACUGGAACAAAGUCACGCCAUGCCUUGUUUUAUUAGUGCUAGAAGUAGUAUUAGAUUUUUCAGAAUGCGCGUCGCAGAGCGAGGUAAACCGCCACCUGGAGCUGGGACGCGACUUCCUGGCGCGGGGGCAGCUCUCUGACGCCCUGACGCACUACCACGCAGCCGUGGAGGGCGACCCAAACAACUACCUCACAUAUUUCAAGCGUGGUACAGUAUACUAUGCCCUCGGAAAAGCAAAAUUUGCUUUACAAGACUUUAGUAAGGUGUUAGAGAUGAAAUCAGACUUCAGUGCAGCGAGGCUACAUCGUGCCAAUGUGUACCUCAAGUUGGCUCAGUAUGAUGAUGCUAAGAAGGACUAUUUAGAAAUAGCGGAAGAAAACCCGGAGGCGCUGGAACACUACCACCGCUGCGACGAGUACGCAGAGGACAUGCGGCUGGCGCAGGCGUACUACCGCGGCGGGGACUUCCGCGCCGCCGCCGACCUCGCCACCAGGCUGCUGGAGGUGUCGCCCUGGGCCGCGCCGCUGCGGCAGCUGCGGGCCGAGAGCUACACCGCGCUGAACGACCUGUUCUCUGCGGUGGCGGACCUGCGGUCGGUGAACCGGCUGCAGCAGGACUCCACCGAGGGGUACUACCGCCUGGCGGUGCUGCUGUAUCAGCUGGGACAUGUCAGCGACGCGCUCAAGGAAAUUCGUGAAUGUUUAAAACUAGACCCGGAACACAAGCAAUGCUUCCCGUUCUACAAGAAGGUGAAGAAGGUGGACAAGUUGUUACUGGAGUGUGAGGAGAAGAGUGAGGCGCGGGACUUCAAGGGCUGCCUCGAGAGUGCGGGCAAGGUGCUGAAGAUCGAAGACGAGGUCACGUUGGUCGUGUUCGAGGCGCGGAAGUGGCUGUGUAGCUGCUCCGUUAAGGAGGAGCUGUACACGGAGGCGCUGUCGCAGUGCAACUCCGCGCUGGCGCUGCAGCGGGACGCGCGUGUGCUGUGUGACCGCGGGGACGCGCUGGCGGGGCUGGACAUGUAUGACGACGCCAUUCAAUCGUAUAAGGAGGCGCUAGAACUGGAGGAGGGACUCCAGAGGGCGAAGGAGGGCAUCAGCCGCGCGCAGAAGCUGCAGAAACAGUCCGAGCAGAGGGACUACUACAAGAUACUCGGGGUCAAGAGGACCGCCAGCAAGCAGGAGAUCGUGAAGGCGUACCGCAAGGCGGCGCAGAAGUGGCACCCCGACCAGUACCACGGCGACGAGAAGAAGGUCGCCGAGAAGAAGUUCAUCGACGUGGCCGCCGCCAAGGAGGUGCUGACGGACCCCGAGAAGCGCGCCCAGUUCGACCAGGGCGUGGACCCGCUGGACCCCGAGGCGGCCCGCGGCGGGGACCCCUUCCACAACCCCUUCCACCACUUCCAGCACGGCAGCCCCUUCCAGUUCAAGUUCCACUUCAACUAGGCCGCCACGCCGGCGGGGUAGCGCGGGGCAACGUACCGACUUUGAGGUUACAACAUUUGUAUACGUUAACACUUACAAGGAUGUUGACCACGGGUUAUUGAACUUACAUUCAUAAUAGUACGACCUUUGGGAUCUGGACGUCAGCUAUAGCAGCUGUGCUUGGUCAUGUUAAAAUUAUGUUUUAUCUUGGUGAUUAUUUUUUGAUCAAACGUUGUUUUUUUUUUAUAAUUUUAUUGUUUUAUGAAUAAAGAACUAUCGCGGUGGUAUAAAUAAAUCUACCAUACUACAGAUAAUAAAUAGACACGUCGACAAGUUUUUAACCUCAAACGCGGUAUAUGUCUAGUUUUAUAUCAUACAAUGGUACUUCCGACGUCAUCUAUAUCAUCCACCAACAUACAGUUCUUAUUAACAUCUACGGAUCAGUAACAGAACGAAAAACAAAGUUUGCGAUGAAGAGAUAUAGAACUGUUGUACAAAGGUUAUCUAUCUGUAGUAUCCAUCCAAUACUAAAUAAUUAUAGAUCAUUUGCCUUAUCAUAUCAUACUGUAUCGUCAGACAAAGCUUCCAAUGACACUUGAGCAAUAAAUAAUGUAAUUAUUGAAUGUAGUCUAUGUAAAGUCCACCGAGAUGUAAAUACAAACCUUGUUGAUACAGUUUUAUACAAAGUAAUAUAAUUCCACAUUGUAGAAUCAUGUUUGUGUACAGAUAGCGGAGUCCUUAUAGUGUUGUCCCGUUGAUCUCUAAAGUUGCUAACACGAGAAUCGGCUUGCAGUGUUUGUUUGUCACUAAUACUUCAUAAUAAUAUCAACCGAUUCAUGUUGCCUUGAGUACAAAUGUCUAUAUAAGAUUUGCAUUUGUAUGUAUAGUUAUAUAUUUGUAAUUCGAAUCAUUUUGCCGAAAUUUAUAAGGACUGAAACAAUUUUCUCGAGUGUAAAAUAUUUUAUUUCGUCGUCUAAAAGCCUAUCCUCAACUAGUCUAUUAACAAAAUGUCUAUUUAAGAAUCAGUUUACAUGUGUUUUUUAUCUGUUAUAGGAAGCAGCAAAUCGAUACUGCUUGUAAAUCUAACUUUUCCUUACAAAAUUGUAUAAAUAUUAAAUACAUGUCUUUGUUGCGUUGGAAAAUUGUGUGAUUAUAUGCAUUUCAAACAUUGUGGGUGAUCAUCAGAAACGUACCUAUCGUUAUAAUAUGUAUUACAAUACGAUCCAAUAUAUUCCAACGCAUACAAAGGUCUCCCUCGAGCGAAACUCGUCUGUUCGUCGCACACGGCGUCAUUCUAGAAUAAUUUAAUAUCUUAAAUUUAAAUUAUUGUUGUCGAAACGCUUCGAGUUUCGCUCGACGCCUUCGUUUAGUUUCACUGGAGCAGGCUUUGACUUAAAACAGUUGACUUCUUUGUCAGUAGUUUUACUUUUGUAGCACCAGUGCAGUGGAGGCAGCACACAGUCGCGACAGGAUUUAAAGUUUUGCUACUAAUAAAAUCUGAGUUAAAAAACACACAGCUGCAUAGAUUCGUGAAUGUAAAGCAGAGCAGCUGCGUCGCCGUGGCGCGUCCACUGCGCUGCAGCGACUGCGUUCGCCGCGGAUGCGCACGUCAACGCCUCUCUACCGCCAUAUUUUAUUUAUAUCCUGUCAAUCAAGAACGCGUCCCGGCGAGAAAUAAAUAAUAAUUUAUUUUUAAUAAGUUAUUUUGUUGUGAUUCUUAUAACUUUGUAAAUAUUUUAGAAUAUAUAAGGCAUUACGACAAAUAA